AUGGCACACUCCAGCAUCGCUCACUGGUGGACCAACAUCUUGUUGGUAUCGCUUGCAAUCAAUGGAUACCAUCCACUCCCGGCAUAUGCCUCUACCUCUAACACGCCAGAUAGUAACAAACCCGUAUUCACUAUUCCAGCCAACGCGGAUCGAGGGGCCUUAUUACUUCCAAAUGUCAAAGAUCCCAAAUCGGUGAAUGCACAGGAUGUUUGCCCGGGGUAUCUUGCAUCCGAUGUCAAGGAAAUAACGCAUGGCUUCAGUGCCACGUUGUCCCUCUCCGGGAAGCCAUGCAAUGUCUAUGGGACAGAUGUGGAUAAAUUGAAUCUCACUGUUGUAUAUUCAUCCAAAAACAGGUUAAACGUGAAUAUCGUGCCAACCCAUAUUUCCUCCUCCAAUCGAUCUCACUAUAUCCUUCCCGAUCAUUUGGUACCGAGGCCAAAGCCAGCGGCGCAUUCAGACCUUCGAAGUGGCGAGACGGAUCUUGACUUCAGCUGGUCAAAUGAGCCUAGCUUCUCGUUUAAAGUGACUCGCAGGAGUACAGGCGACGUGCUUUUCGAUACGACGGGAACUGUCUUGGUGUUCGAAAAUCAAUUCAUUGAGUUUGUUAGCUCGUUGCCUGCUGGUUACAAUCUGUAUGGGCUAGGCGAACGCAUCCAUGGGUUGCGACUUGGAAACAAUUUCACAGCUACGAUCUAUGCGGCGGAUGUGGGUGACCCGAUUGAUACCAAUCUUUACGGCUCUCAUCCCUUCUAUCUCGAUACCCGAUAUUUCGAUGUUCAGAAUAAUAAAAGGCUGGUUCCGGUUGCUGACAAUGAGCACGAUUAUUCGCGGAAAUACGUAUCGUACUCUCACGGAGUUUUCCUCCGAAAUGCCCAUGGGCAUGAGGUUCUCCUUCAACCUGACAGUCUUACCUGGCGAACUUUAGGUGGGAGCAUAGAUCUGUACUUUUAUUCGGGCCCAUCUCAAUCUGAAGUGACAAAGAGUUUCCAACUCAGUACAAUUGGACUCCCGGCACUUCAGCAAUAUUAUACCUUCGGUUUUCAUCAGUGCCGUUGGGGCUACAAAAGUUGGACAGAGUUGGAAGAUGUUGUUUCCAACUUUGAGAAGUUUGAAAUUCCACUUGAAACCAUUUGGUCUGAUAUCGAUUUUAUGAAGGGAUACCGCGAUUUUGAGUUCCACCCUGAAAAUUAUCCAAUCCCACAAGGGCAGAAAUUUGUCUCCACCCUGCAUCAAAAAGGCUUGCACUGGAUUCCAAUCGUUGAUGCAGCAAUCUAUAUCCCUAAUCCAGAAAACUGCUCUGAUGCGUAUAAACCGUACGAGAGAGGAAACGCUUCUGAUGUAUUUCUCCGAAACCCGGAUGGCAGCGUUUAUAUCGGAGCCGUAUGGCCGGGAUAUACCGUGUUCCCUGACUUUUUGGCUGCAGGUUCCCAAGAAUGGUGGUCAACUGAGCUGAAAGAGUUUUUCAACAAAGUUCCAUAUGACGGAAUGUGGAUUGAUAUGAAUGAAGUCUCUUCUUUCUGUGUUGGCAGCUGUGGCUCAGGAAACCUUACCCUCAACCCAGUCCAUCCGCCUUUCCAACUGCCAGGAGAACAUGGCAAUGUUAUUUAUGAUUACCCUGAGGGCUUCAAUAUUACCAACGUCACAGAAGCCGCGUCUGCGUCAUCCGCUUCCUUCAGACAGCAUGUGCUGAAAACGGCGGGUAUCGCAGCACCGACCACAACUACCACGCUAGAUUAUCUUCCCACCACCCCCAGUCCAGGAAUUCGCGAUGUCAACCAUCCUCCGUAUGUCAUCAAUCAUGUUCAGGGCGAUCUAGCUGUUCACGCGGUAUCACCAAAUGCUACACAUGCCGACGGAACCGUGGAAUAUGAGAUCCACAAUCUUUAUGGCCAUCAGCUUCUGAACGCGACAUAUCAUGGUCUCCUGCAGGUCUUUCCAAAUAAACGACCGUUCAUUAUCGGUCGAUCGACCUUCUCGGGAAGCGGGAAAUGGGCUGGCCAUUGGGGAGGUGACAACCAAUCCCGCUGGGCCCAUAUGGUUUUCUCCAUCCCACAGGCCUUGUCAUUUUCGCUCUUCGGUAUCCCGAUGUUUGGCGUCGAUACGUGUGGGUUCAACGGCAACAGUGACGAGGAACUGUGCAACCGGUGGAUGCAGCUUUCAGCUUUUUUCCCAUUCUAUCGCAACCACAACGUCCUCUCGGCUAUUUCGCAGGAGCCAUAUGUCUGGUCAUCCGUCAUUAAGGCAACCAAAUCGGCCAUGGCAAUCCGAUACGCCUUGCUCCCAUAUAUAUAUACGCUCUUCCAUCAAGCACACACGACGGGCUCAACCGUCAUGAAAGCCUUGGCUUGGGAAUUCCCAAAUGACCCAAGUCUAGCCUCAGCUGAUGGACAAUUCCUUCUAGGUCCAUCUCUUAUGAUCAUCCCGGUUCUGGAGCCCCGGGCGACGACGGUUAAUGGCGUUUUCCCUGGUGUUGCUGACGGCGAGAUCUGGUAUGAUUGGUAUACGCGCACUCAAUUCAAGGCAGUAGCAGGAAAAAACACCACCAUUGAUGCUCCACUUGGUCACAUCCCCCUCUACGUUCGUGGUGGAAGCGUCCUUCCAAUGCAAGAGCCGGCCCUAACGACGCGAGCAGCGCGAAAUUCUCCAUGGUCUCUUCUUAUCGCAUUGGACAGCAAAUCCACAGCACAUGGACAGAUAUAUAUCGACGAUGGAGAAAGCGCUGAGCCGACGUCAACUUUGUCGGUGCAUCUUAAUGUGGAGAAAAGGAGUGUCAAUGCAGUCUCCAAUGGAACGUAUCAAGAUACAAACUACCUUGAUAACAUUACUAUUCUAGGAUUGACCUUUGGUUCACCUACGUGUAGGGUUAGGUUCAACGGCCAAGAAGUCCCUGACAAGCAUGUGGCGUAUAACCAUACAUCUCGUGUCUUGGCUGUUAAUAAAUUGAAAGAGUUGAUGAAUGGAAGAUACGCGUGGAGUGAGGCCUGGGUACUGGAGUGGUGA